GAUUAGCUCCGAACACAACAAACAGAAACACACACACACACAGAGCUGCUGCUUCUACCCGCGCAUACUGCAGCAGCUAAUUCAUUGCCAAAUCCUUUUGAGUUAUUUAUAUCUACACAUUAAACAAACUAAGUUUGCAUAUACUAUUCUUGAACGCAACAUUUUUUUUUUUUUUUUUGCGCGUAUGCUUUUACGCGUUCCCUUUGGCUGGCUGCUAACAGCUAAUCGACCGGAGACAGUGAGCUCCUCCUUCGGUCAGAUUUUCAGUCGAGCCCGAGGAUCCAGAGGCCUUCGAGCCGGGUAACAGCAACAGAGGAGCAGAAUGUCGGACUCGGACAGCGAUGAGGACCAGGACCGGCCCUUCCACUUGACAGGGUUUCUGUUUGGCAACAUCAAUGAGAAUGGACAGCUGGAAGAUGACAGUGUGCUGGAUACAGAGUCAAAGAAGCACCUGGCUGGUCUGGGCUCUCUGGGUUUGGGUUCGCUCAUUACAGAGAUAACAGCCAGUGAGGAGGAAACAGCUGAGCAAGAUCAAGAUCAGAGCAACACUGAUGCAGAGGGAUGGGUAAGGAGCACAGAUGAUGCAGUUGAUUACUCGGAUAUCAGUGAAGUUGCAGAAGAUGAAACCCGCAAAUACAGACAGGCCAUGGGCAACCUGCAGCCAUCACGGAAAACAGAUGAAGAGGAUGAUUACGAUGCUGAUUGUGAGGAUGUUGAUGCCAAACUCAUGCCUCCUCCCCCUCCCCCUAGUCUGCCAGUCCCUGCCAAGAAAGAAGACACACCCACUCAGAACAGCAGUGUGACUGAUGAAGGUGAUGGUAUCAUCCUGCCUUCCAUUAUCGCUCCAUCAUCUGUGGGUGACAAAGUUGAUUUCAGCAGUUCAUCAGACAGUGAGAGUGAGAGCGAUCGACCUUCUCAGGGUUCCGGGACAGGAGGACAGGCAGGAUGUCUCACCCUCCCUCUUGCAGGCAUUAUGCAGAAAGAUGCUGCUAAAGCCCUCCCUGGAGUCACAGAGCUCUUCCCUGAGUUCAGACCUGGAAAGGUGUUGCGGUUCUUGCGGUUGUUUGGUCCCGGUAAGAACAUGCCAUCUGUAUGGCGAAGUGCUCGUAGGAAACGGAAACGAAAGCAGAGAGAGCCACAGUCAGACAUGGCUACAGGUGACAAUGAAUCGCAGCCACCUGAGCCAGGGGCUAAGAAAAAAUCAGGAUGGGACUAUGAGUAUGCACUACCUCCACCACCAGAGCAGUGUUUGUCUGAUGAUGAGAUCACCAUGAUGGCUCCAGUGGAGUCCAAGUUCCUGCAAGUAUCUGGUGAAGGUGAUAAGGUGUCUGAGGUGAGGCCAAAAGUGGCAGAGUGGCGUUAUGGUCCAGCACAGCUUUGGUAUGACAUGCUGGGAGUCCCAGAGGAUGGCAGCGGCUUUCAUUAUGGGUUUAAACUCAGAGAUGACCAACAGCAAGACUGUACUGAUGCAGCGGAAAAAACUGCAAAUCCACCAGUUUCUGAACCAGUCAUUGAGCAGGAACCACCCCAAGAAGCACAAGCUGAGCAGGGGGAUGAGGAGUCUCCGAUGCAGGAUGAGUUGUUUUUAAUGGUGACCCAGCUGCAGUGGGAGGAAGACAUCAUCUGGAAUGGAGAUGAUGUGAAACACAAGGGCACUAAAACUCAGCGUGCCAGUCUGGCCGGGUGGCUUCCUACUAGCAUGACCCGUAACGCCAAUGCUUACAAUGCUCAGCAGGGUCUAAGUCGCAGUAAUUCUCAAUUGGUACCCCCGACCCCUCCUCCUUUGACCAAAACUCCAUCCAUAACAGGUUCCAAAAGAGACAAACAUAAUCAUGAUCAUCAAGUUGCUAAUGAGGAUGACACUCCCUGGUUCUCCAUAUUCCCGAUUGAUAACGAGGAGCUUGUGUAUGGACGUUGGGAAGACAACAUAAUCUGGGAUGACCAGAGCAUGGACCGCCUCCCUUCUCCUCCCAUUCUCACCCUCAACCCUAAUGAUGAAAACAUCAUACUCGAGAUCCCAGAUGAAAAAGAGGAGAGAGCAUCUCAUUCUCCUUCCAAAGAAAACAAAAAAGAGACAGCACUGAAAAAAAGUCGCAUUCUGCUGGGAAAGACGGGCGUCAUCAAAGAUGAACCUCAACAGAAUAUGUCCCAACCGGAGAUUAAAGAUCCCUGGAAUCUGUCGAACGAUGAGUUCUACUACCCUAAACAGCAGGGGCUCAGGGGCAGCUUUGGAGGAAACAUCAUCCAGCACUCCAUUCCUGCUGUGGAGUUGAGGCAGCCAUUCUUUCCCACUCACAUGGGACCCAUGAAAUUACGGCAGUUUCAUCGACCCUCCCUGAAGAAGUACUCAUUUGGAGCACUGUCCCAGCCUGGCCCGCACCCAGCCCAGCCUCUCCUCAAACACAUCAAGAAGAAGGCUAAGAUGCGAGAGCAGGAGCGUCAAGCAUCGGGCGGAGGGGACAUGUUCUUUAUGCGCACAGCUCAGGAUCUGACAGGAAAAGAUGGAGACCUGAUUUUGGCUGAAUAUAGUGAGGAGUAUCCUCCCCUUCUCAUGCAAGUUGGCAUGGCGACCAAGAUCAAGAACUACUACAAAAGAAAACCAGGUAAAGACCCAGGAGCACCUGACUGUAAAUACGGAGAGACAGUUUACUGUCACACUUCUCCAUUCCUGGGAUCAUUGCACCCUGGACAACUACUGCAGGCCUUUGAAAAUAACUUGUUCAGAGCUCCCAUCUAUCUACAUAAGAUGCCUGAGACUGAUUUCUUGAUUAUCCGGACAAGGCAGGGCUACUUCAUCAGAGAGCUUGUGGACAUAUUUGUUGUUGGUCAGGAGUGCCCUCUCUAUGAGGUGCCAGGGCCCAACUCUAAACGAGCUAACACACACAUUCGAGAUUUCCUACAGGUGUUCAUCUAUCGUCUGUUCUGGAAGAGUAAAGAUCGUCCUCGCCGUAUACGUAUGGAGGACAUCAAGAAAGCUUUUCCCUCUCACUCUGAAAGCAGCAUCCGCAAACGCCUCAAACUCUGUGCUGACUUCAAACGCACAGGCAUGGAUUCGAACUGGUGGGUGCUGAAACCUGAUUUCCGGCUUCCAACCGAAGAGGAGAUCAGAGCAAUGGUUUCUCCAGAGCAGUGUUGUGCGUACUACAGUAUGCUGGUUGCGGAGCAGAGACUAAAGGAUGCUGGUUAUGGUGAAAAGUCUUUUUUUGCACCUGAGGAAGAGAAUGAAGAGGAAUUCCAGAUGAAGAUUGAUGAUGAGGUACGAACUGCGCCAUGGAACACAACUCGGGCGUUCAUUGCAGCCAUGAAGGGGAAGUGUCUCCUGGAGGUCACAGGGGUUGCUGACCCCACCGGCUGUGGAGAAGGUUUCUCAUAUGUUAAAGUCCCUAACAAACCUACACAGCAGAAGGAUGAUCGGGAGCCCCAGCCAGUGAAAAAGACUGUGACGGGGACUGAUGCAGAUCUGAGACGCUUGUCACUCAAAAAUGCCAAACAGUUGCUCCGCAAGUUUGGAGUUCCUGAGGAAGAGAUAAAGAAACUUUCCCGUUGGGAGGUGAUCGACGUCGUGAGGACCAUGUCUACUGAACAGGCUCGUUCAGGGGAGGGGCCUAUGAGUAAAUUUGCUCGUGGGUCUCGAUUCUCUGUAGCAGAACAUCAGGAACGUUACAAAGAGGAGUGCCAGAGGAUCUUUGACCUGCAGAACAAAGUACUGGAGUCCACAGAGGUGUUAUCAACAGACACAGACAGCAGCUCAGCAGAAGAUAGUGAUUUUGAGGAGAUGGGCAAGAACAUAGAAAACAUGUUGCAGAAUAAGAAGACCAGUUCUCAGCUCAGCAGAGAGAGAGAAGAACAGGAGAGAAAAGAGCUGCAGCGGAUGCUGAUGGGAGAGGACAAUGACAGAGAGAGGGGCCGCAAGGAACGACGCAAAGGCUCGAGCGCGCUCUCCACCAGCUCUCACAAAGAUGAUGACGCUUCUUCCGUCACUAGCCUGAACUCUUCAGCAACAGGGCGAAGGCUGAAAAUUUAUCGCACAUUCCGUGACGAGGAUGGCAAAGAGUAUGUGCGCUGUGAGACUGUACGCAAACCGGCCGUUAUAGACGCUUAUUUGCGUAUACGCACCACAAAGGAUGAUGACUUCAUUCGCAAGUUUGCGUUAUUCGAUGAACAGCACAGGGAGGAGAUGAGAAAGGAAAGGCGAAGAAUUCAGGAGCAACUGCGACGCCUUAAACGAAACCAGGAGAAAGACAAAUUUAAAGGUCCACCUGAGAAAAAGGCCAAGAAGGCCAAAGAACGACCAGACCUGAAGCUAAAGUGUGGAGCUUGUGGUGCAAUUGGCCACAUGAGAACCAAUAAAUUUUGCCCAUUGUACUAUCAAACUAAUGCCCCACCUUCUAAUCCGGUGGCCAUGACAGAGGAGCAGGAAGAGGAGCUCGAGAAGACUGUGAUCCACAAUGACAAUGAAGAACUCAUUAAAGUAGAAGGAACCAAGAUUGUGCUUGGAAAACAGCUCAUUGAGAGUGCUGAUGAAGUGCGGAGGAAAUCUCUGGUUCUGAAGUUCCCCAAGCAGCAGCUUCCUCCUAAAAAGAAGAGACGUGUGGGGACAACAGUGCACUGUGACUACCUCAAUGUAAGACGUCCUCAUAAGUCCAUCCAUCGCAGAAGGACAGACCCCAUGGUCACGCUCUCUUCAGUCCUAGAGAGCAUCAUUAAUGACAUGAGGGACCUUCCUAAUACGUACCCGUUUCACACUCCUGUGAAUGGCAAAGUGGUUAAGGAUUAUUACAAGAUCAUCACACGGCCGAUGGACCUGCAGACCUUACGUGAAAAUGUUCGCAAGCGCAUGUACCCUUCACGAGAAGAGUUCAGAGAGAGCGUUGAACUCAUCUUCAAAAAUAGUGCAACGUAUAAUGGUGCAAAGCAUCCUUUAACCCUUGUUAGUCAAGCGAUGCUGAGUCUGUGUGAUGAGAAACUGAAAGAGAAAGAGGAGCGUUUGGUUCGUUUGGAAAAAGCCAUUAAUCCUCUUCUGGACGAUGAUGAUCAGGUCGCUUUCUCCUUCAUCCUCGACAACAUUGUCACACAGAAGAUGAUGGCUGUCCCUGACUCUUGGCCCUUCCAUCAUCCUGUUAACAAGAAAUUUGUUCCUGAUUAUUAUAAAGUCAUCAUCAACCCCAUGGAUCUGGACAGUCUCCGUAAGAACAUCUCCAAACACAAGUAUCAGAACCGGGAGGUGUUUCUUUCUGAUGUUGGUCUCAUUCACACCAACAGUGUCAAGUACAACGGUCCUGAUAGUCCUUAUACCAAAACAGCUCUGGAAAUUGUGAAUGUCUGCAAGCAGACUUUAGCAGAGUAUGACGAACACUUGACUCAACUGGAGAAGGACAUCUCUACUGCUAAAGAAGCUGCUCUGGACGCUGCAGACCUUGAGAGCUUAGACCCGUUGACUCCUGGACCGUACACACCACAGCCUGAUGUGUGUGAGAACAGUGUGUCUGUGAGUUUGCAGGGAGAUUCUAGUCUGUUAGCCGAGGCUACGCUAAUCCCUCCCACCCCUGAGAAAAGAGGGGGGCAGGGUCGUCACGGCAGAGGCAGAAUGGGCGAGGAGGAGUCUGAUGUGGACAUAGAAGGAUUUGAGGAAGAUGAUGAUGGCAAACCUAAAACACCUGCUCCGGCUGAAGAGGGAGAUCUGGAUGAUGAGGACGAGGAUGAUGAUGAUGACGAUCUUCUCAUGCGGCCACAGAGGCGAAUACAUGGAGAUGAAGAGGAGGACGAGGAUGAUGAAGGCUCCAGCCGGCCACCACAGGCCAGUGUGCUUUACCAGGAUCUGUUGAUGUCAGAUGCAGAAGACGACGCCAGUGAGGAGGAAGGGGAUAAUCCAUUCUCUUCUAUCCAACUGUCAGAGAGUGGCAGUGACAGUGAUGCUGAACUGGGGCAUCAGGAGAGCACACGGAUUGGACUAGAGCAGGAUGAAAGUAUGAUGUCUUAUGAGGGGGAGGGGCCUGAUGGGGUAACACACAUGGAGGACAGCAAUGUCAGCUAUGGCAGCUACUAUGAUGGAGACAGUCAGAUGCAAAGGCAGGUGUCCAGCCCCAGGACAGGAGAGCGGGAUGGAGAGGAGGUGUACGGGAUAAGUGAAGAGGAAGAAGAGGAGGAGGAGGAGGAUGAGCGAAGGCGAGGGCCUAGUGUUCUCACACAGGCACAGCUCAGUGAUGAUGAGGAGGACAGUGAAGAAUUCAGAUCUGUUGGAGGAGACAGUGACAUGGAUUCUGACAACUAACACAUGCUUAUUCCUCUUCUGUCAUAUGUGCUGUGUGUAACUGUCCUGUUGGUCAUGAUGGUGUUGCACAUAACUGUAUAUUUCGUAGUGUUCUAAUGGUUGUUUUACAUGUUAUUUUUAUAUGACUUAUUGAGCUUUGUUUAAGUGGCUCAGGCAACGUUUGUGAUGGAGAAUGGGUGAAAUAAAUUUUUAUGUAUCUGAAAUGUA